GCAAGCUGCAGCGGUGAUCCCCUCAAAAGAAAAGCUGCGUCAGCAAUGUCUUGCACAGGCACAGGACCUCUUACUGAAGGUUCCGUUUACUCACCGGGGACAAGUUGAACAACAGAUGAAAGAGAAAUGUGAACAACAGGCAGAAGAACAGGAGGAUCAACUGAGGGAAAACCAGAAGAGAGCACGUGACACCGUCGACCAGUGCGAUGAUCUACUACAGGGCACUGUUAACAGAACAGAGGAAGCAGCACAAAAAAGGCGUUCACUGCAGGCUUCAGCUCUAGGAUAUGACCUCCGAGAUCUGGAAAAAACAAUGUCGCCUGAAGUAGCGAGGGCCUUGAGAACUGCAUACGCGGAGGCUGAAGGCUGCGACCACGAUUACUCAUUCCUCUGUCCGUUCUCUUGGACAGAAGGCAGCGACGGCUUUACCUGCACAGCUCCUGCCACUUACAUCGGGAGAUGUGAGAAAACCCAGAACUUUUCCCUCUCUAAGGAAGAAAAGCAAGCAAAAGAACGCGAGUGUCUCGUCACUUGGCCAUGCUUGAAGAAGUGUGUGCGCGACUAUACGCAGCUUUGUCCGACUGGAUGGACCGAGGUUGGAGCUGGUCAUUGUUCCGCACCAUUUUCUUACUCCGGGCGAUGUUCGAGAACAAUGAAUUUCGCUGAGCUUUCCCGCCCAGAGAGAGAAAGAUGGAGUGCCGCAUGUGACACCUACUGGCCUUGCCAAGCCGCUUGCAAACGGGAUUUUUCGGUCCCGUGUCCCGACGGCUGGACCUCGAUUGGAGGCGAGGGAAAGUGCAAAGCUCCUGAGGGCUACGUCGGACCUUGCGGACCUGUGGAAAGCGUCGGGAGUUUGGAUUCUGAAACCAAGCAACUGUUCGAGAAGAAGUGCAACGUUCUGUUCCCCUGCGAAAGCAAAUGCAAACGUGAUUACUCUUUCGCUUGUCCCGCAAGUUGGAGGAACGUUGCCUUAGAGAAAUGUUUGCCUGGGGACAGCUACGCAGGUCCUUGCAGAGAGGAGGUUAAUUUCGCCAGUCGAACGGAGCAAGACAAGAUAGCAUUCGAGGAGCGAUGCUUAGCUGAUUGGCCGUGCAUCGAGGAGAAAUGCGAGCGUGAUUUCACUGCCCCGUGUCCGCUCGAGUGGGCAGAGGCACACAAAGCUUGCAUGGCUCCGGCUCACUAUGAGGGGCCUUGCGAGGAAAGGCAGGACUUUGUCGGCCUAACACCCGAAGAGAAGGACGCUGCCAUGGAAACAUGUGAAGUAUUCUGGCCUUGCAAAGGUGGAGAGGCUCUGCUGCGCGACAUGGUGGAAGGCGGUCCGGCGAUGGGUCGCGGUGUCACCAGUUUGCUCGGCGGCCCGGUUGACUCUGCCACAGGAACAAUCGUAGGCUUCAUAUCGUGAAUGCGAGUCGACUCACUAACGGGAGAGUAGAACGGGUGCAACAAAGCGAAUUUCACAAAAAUCUUCUUCGGCAAGUUUUCCCACUGUGCUGGCGGGAAUCACGACGUCCCUUUACGUUCUGAGAUGACGAGAAGUCAGAAUACAACACACCUUGAAUGAAAAGCACUGCCUGUUCCCGUUGCCGUUGGCACAGCCGCAUAAGGAACCCAUCCUCAUCUUCAUUCGAAGACAGGGUCUCGGCACAUGCCUUCCCACAUACCUUACCAAUAAGGUCGGGCUGUCGUCUGCUUGCGAGUCCUCUGAUACCUGAGACGCGGAAACCUCCAUUUCAAACGUCUGUAGCGCGGCACACGAGUGGCCGUACACAGAACGCAUGACGCUGGCACUGCUCCUGAAGUGUUGCUGUUGAAGAUGACUGCCGGCUCCUGAGUCAACACCAGGUACCACAGAAGAUAAGGGACUGCCUCGUAAUACUUGCUCCUCGUAACACUGUAGGAGGACUCGUCUUACUAUGAAACAGACUUACUAAUUUUCUUUGCCAGUUGUUCAGCUGCAGUUUCGAAGUCUUUUUCAUGGACUACGUCAAACCUGAGAGAGAAAUAGAACACAAGGACAAAAGAAGAGUUAGGAUCGGCAGAUUAGUGCGCACGUCUGUGGUCGGCUUCUUUUAGCCCCCGUAGAUGGAUUAGACAGGGGAGGAGAAAGAGCAGCUCACUUCUUUCGAUGUAGAACAGUGCGGUACCACGAGGGUACGAACAGAAUGGGCCUGCAUAGAGCGUCCGAUUUACCAGCCAACGCUGAUGGCUUGUCUUUUGU